AUGGCGCCUAAGAGAAAAUACGAUAAUAGUUAUAUUAAAUUCGGAUUCACCUGGAUAGAAAGCAACGGAGAAAUUAAACCACAGUGCGUUAUAUGCGCAACUGUACUUGCAAACGACGCCUUGAAGCCAGCGAAAUUAAAACGCCACCUGGAAACGGUCCAUUCUAAUCUCUCUGAUCGACCGCCACAAUUUUUUGAAGGCAAAUUAGAAAACCUUAAAAAAAUGAAACUGGGGCCUAGUGGUACGAGAUUUGCGACAUCAGAGAAAAUAUUAGUAGCAUCGUUUGAGAUUUCAAAAUUAAUAGCGCAAUCUAAAAAACCGCAUACAAUCGGAGAAACACUCGUGAAACCGUGUUUGAUCAAAGCUGUCGAAGAAGUUUUGGGAUUAGAGGCCAAGAAAAAAAUACAAGAAAUACCUUUAUCGAACAACACGAUUAAAGCUCGAAUUGAACUAAUGUCAAACGAUAUCGAGGAGCAACUUGUUUCAAAAAUCAAAAACUCACCAUGCUUCGCUUUGCAGUGUGAUGAAUCGACUGACAUUUCUAAUUGUUGUCAGUUACUUGUGUUUGUCCGUUUUUUAGACGACAACAUAAUCAAAGAAGAAUUAUUGAUUUCACGAGAACUGGAAACAACAUCAAAAGGUAUUGACGUCUUGAACACAGUAUCGGAAUACUUUCAGAAACAUACCAUUAGUUGGGAAAAACUCGUUGGUUUCUGUACGGAUGGCGCUCCAGCUAUGUUGGGAUCACGCUCCGGUCUUGCGACGCUAGUAAAACAGAAAAAUCCUAAGGCAAUAACAACGCAUUGUAUCAUACACCGUCAGGCGUUAGCUUCUAAGACUCUCCCAGGAUGCCUUAAGGAAACAAUGCAAUUAGCCAUAAACGUGGUAAAUGUUAUCAAAAGCAGCGCCUUAAAUACACGCCUUUUUAAAAAACUAUGCUCUGAAAUGGACGCAGACUAUGAGGCGCUUCUUUUUCACACAGAAGUUAGGUGGCUAUCGAAGGGUAAUAUGUUGGGACGAUUGUACGAACUCAGGGCAGAGGUUGAGAUUUUUCUAGCUGACAAAAAAAUAAAUGAGUUGCUGACGCAGUUCUCUGAUCCGACAUUUCUGAUGAAUUUGGCUUAUCUUGUUGAUAUUUUCACACACUUAAAUAAGUUAAAUUUACAAUUGCAAGGUUCCGGAAACAAACAGUUAGAAGACGUUGCAAAUGUAUUUAUCUUUGAAGAUAAACUUCGCGCCUUCAUUUGCAAACUUCAGUUAUGGUUAGGCAAAAUUGGGGAGAACAAUUAUUCUGCGUUUGCGACAUUAAAAGCACUUGUGGAGGACCAAAAGUAUGUCGUCAAUAGAGCAAACAUGCAAGAAAACAUUAAGAGUCAUCUACAAAUGUUGAUUGAUGAAUUCAAUCGUUACUUCCCAGAAUACUCCGAAACAGAAGUUAAAGUUGAUCAAAAACUGAUUCGCAACCCUUUUAGCAUGGAUGCUAGUGAAGUUACAGAAGAAAUCCAGGAAGAACUCAUUGAACUUCAAAAUGACAGAAACUAUGUUUUACCAGAAAUUACGAAAUCCUACAACGAAACCCGACAUCGCACCACGGGAUACAAGCCGUCUCAAGUAAAUAAGUCCAACGAAGAAAGAAUUUUAAAGUCUGCCUACAGUCAUAUUAAGAUGAGCGGACCGCAAAAAUUCAAAGUGGGUGACGUCGUGCGCAUCAGCAAAAAUAAACACGUCUUUGAUAAGGGUUACACGCCUAAUUGGACGACUGAACUAUUUAAAAUUACGUCGGUUAAAAUAACGAAUCCAGCGACAUACCUCUUGGAAGAUAUGCAGGGAAAUCCUAUAAGAGGUGCCUUCUAUACUGAGGAGCUACAGAAAACCGUCAGUCCCGACGUCUAUCUCGUAGAUAAGGUACUAAGGAGAAAAGGAGGGAAAGUUUUCGUGAAGUGGUUGGGGCUUGAUAAGAAACAUAACAGCUGGAUCGAGAACACCAACGUCAUUUGGUUUGAGCUAUUUAUACUAAAAAGCAAGUCUGAACCUGUAGAAAACAGGUCUGAACCAGUAGAAAACAAGUCUGGACCUGUAGAAAACAUGUCUGAACCUGUAGGAAACAGGCCUGAAUCACUAGAGAACAAGUCUUAA